AUGGCGGCCGCCUACUCCCCGUACGGGUCCACACCCAGCCAGGAGUAUAUCUACGACGAAAAGAAAUUUCCCAGCCCGUCCCCGACCCCAUCGCCCCGGGGGCCGAGCUACUACUACGGCGCUACGCCGCAACGACCCGCGACGCGAGCUCACUUCCGCAACGGGAGCACCAGUGGCAUCAACAGCAGCAACACCGGCUAUGCCAGCCCUCGUGGCCCGUCCUUCUCCCCGCGGUACACGAGCGACGGCCAGUACGCCACUGUCAAUGUGAGUGUCUCGCGGCCACGCAAGCCAAGUUUUUCGGGUCCGCCGCGCCCCCCGCGCGAGCGACGCUCCUCCUUUUCCUACCAUCCAGCCUCGGUCUCCCACGGGGAAUCCGACGAGGACGAGUUCAUCGAUCUCGGCGGCCGUACCUUCGUGCUGCCGGGACGGUCACGACCGAGACCGUACAAGGAUCACUUCACAGUCAACGCUGGUGGGCAUGGAACUGAUUACGGCUACUAUGCACAGGGCGGUCCAAUCUUCGACAGAGAGGCUGGGUUCGCGUCGGCGCGGUUCGAGCCCGAUCGCCGUGCGCCGCCGGCCGCUGGCCACUCCCGCCGCAACUCCACCUCGGUGCCUCAACGGCCCCAGACCGCCCGGCCCUCGGCCAGCAUGCACAAGAAGCCACCGGCAGCCCCCGCGACUCGCGUGGCCACGGAGGCCGAUGCCAAGCGGCACAGGAUUCCGGCCGGCUACUCGCUGAAGAACUGGGACCCCACCGAGGAGCCCAUCAUGCUGCUCGGCAGCGUCUUUGACGCAAACUCCCUCGGCAAGUGGAUCUACGACUGGACCGUCUACCGCCACGGCGCCGGUUUCCCCAUCGCCGAGCAGGCCGGCGAGCUCUGGCUCCUCCUCAUCCAACUCUCCGGAAAGAUCAAGCGUGCCGAGGAAACCGUCCCCAGGAUCAGGACCAAGGAUAACCGGGAGAUGAUUGAGGAGUUCAUCGAGGCUGGUGACCGGAUCACCGACAAGCUCCGGAAGCUGCUCAAGGCCUGCGAGGCUCCCAUGCUCCGGUCCAGCGCCAAGCAGAAGAAGGAAGGUCAACUGGGCAAGGGCGCCGGCGUCGAGUUCGUCGAAACCUUGUUCGGUCCCGACCGCGAGCUGGACAAGACAGAGCGCUUCAUGGCGUCCGUCCGUCUCUGGAACCUCCGGUUUGACACCAACUGCGAGGAGAUCCUCAAGAAGCCGACCAUGUAA